UGCCACUUGGGCUAGACACCUUAUUCUAUUUCCCCGCUUGCCUCGAUUCGCCCCUCCCCCCCCCUCUCCCUCUCCCUCUCCGUCUCUCUUCUCGGCCACCCCUUCGGCCACGCACACGCAUUUGCGCAUACGCUUCGUCAUGUCGUUGCUGCCGCCGGAGCACUUCGCCCUUGUGGAGCCGGGGAUCUUCCGCUGCGCGCUAAGCUCUCUUGGCGCCAGCCAACUUGCCUUUAUCCAGCCUCUCUCAUUAAAGACGGUGGUCGUCCUCUCACCAGACACCCUUCCCCGGGCAUUGUCGGAAUUUUUCAUGGAAAACGGCGUCGAAGUACAUUCCAUCGGACUCCGGUGCCUUCGCCUCGGAUCGUAUUCGUCCCAAACCGACGACACCUCUUCCUCCGGGCUCGGGUACUCCAGUCCCGGAUCCUACUUGAGCACGCGCCUCAUGAAGGAAGCCCUGGAGCUGGCCUUGGACUCGAGCAACCAUCCGCUCCUGGUCACCUGCAGCUCUGGCAUUUACCAGAGUAGUGUUUUUGCCGCCUGUCUGCGCAAGCUCCAGGGCUGGUGCUUUAGCUCAUUGCUAUUCGAGUAUCGAUCUUUCGCCGCUGGCGGCAAGCCCCGUCUGUUGGACGAGCACUUCAUCGAGCGCUUCGACACCGACCUGGUCAACAUCCCGGAGAGGCACAAGUUGACUGACUGGAGCCAGAGCUUCCUCCUGCCCAGUUCCGCGUCCGAGGCCGAGGGGAGAUCUCCGGGAGCAGGCGAUGUCGCCUGCUGACCCUGCCGCCGGGUGCCCUGUGUCCGGGUGCUUGUCAGACAUGGCUU